UCUUCGGCGCCAUCGCCGCCAUGUUCUUCACCAACACCAACGGCACCGGCCGCACCGGCGACAACGCCCGCCUCGACAAGCUUAACGAGUGGAAGAGCGAGGUGGAGCGCGUGUUCUACACCUACGUGGACGUUCUGGAGUCGGAGGACUGCGUGCCGCGCACCAUGUGUGAGCUGGGCCUGUACGCCCGCUCCUACAACUUCGCCGGCAAGGACAUGCUCUUGAGUCUGGCGGAGCAUUACCUGCCCGAGAUGAUGCAGAACAACGCCCGCGUGCUGAAGAAGGCUGCCACUGGCGGUUACGACAAGAACCAGUGCAGGAAGAUGUUCAAGUGCGAGCCGCCCACGUCGGCGUCGUAGGCUUACCUGUCGG